AUGUUCGGGGCUUUAAAUCGCUUCAUUGGGAGGCUGGAUUCCGAUCUCCCCAAGCAGCCAACAAGCACCACGGGUGACAACUCCUACGGCUUCCAGAUACUGCGGAAUAAGGACCCGGACCUUCCUCUGGAGCCUUGGUUUGAUUUCAUAGUUGGAAUCAAUGGCCGACUUAUCGACGAACCUGACCCUCACCUGUUUGCGACGGAGGUUCGCAAUUGUGCCGGAACAAGCGUCUCCUUAGAGAUUUGGAGUGCGAAGGGACAACGGACGCACAACGUCGUUAUCCCCAUCCCACCAGAGAAGCCCACAUUAGGUCUCACUUUGCAACUCGCACCUCUCUCUUCCACACAGCAUAUAUGGCACAUACUGUCUAUUCCCUCGCCUCUCAGUCCUGCCUACUUGGCUGGCCUACUACCUCAUUCAGAUUACAUCCUUGGAACGCCAAGUGGGACUUUGAGAGGUGAAGCCGCACUCGGGGAGCUCGUCGAGGACCAUCUGAACAGGAGUCUCACUUUAUGGGUAUAUAAUAGCGAAUUUGACGUUGUACGAGAGGUGGAAAUAGUGCCCAAUAGGAAUUGGGGCGGGGAAGGUGCUCUCGGUGCCAUAUUAGGAUAUGGAGCUCUACACAGGCUACCGGUUGGUCUAGGAGAGGAGGUUGACGGGCCCGGAGAAGUUGUCUUCGACACAAAAGAUGGAAUCACGGAACAAAUUAAGCAAUCGCCAAAAAUUCAGCCGGGGAAUCAUUUCCUAGUUCCGGCAGAGAUGGCAUCGCUGCCUCCUCUCUCACCGAGUGUUAAUAGUGGGCAGGUUUCCCAAGCCGCAACGACUCAUGGUCGGCAUGGACGGAAAGCUCGACAUGUGCAUACUGUACCAACCUCAUUCGAUGAAUACUUCCGUGAAAGCGAACAGAAAAGCAAAGAAGAGGACUUCGUGCCAUCGCAGGCUGGAACACCGGUUGCGCCUCCGCCGAAAGCGACGGAUCGAGGCAAUGUAACUUCUCCUGGACUUGAAGGCGCAUCAACCCCAGCAGAGUAG